AUGGUUAAUGGAGGAAACUUUGGUGCAAGUGAGAAAAAUAUAGGUGUUGAUGUAAUGCUAUUUAAUGAUCAGGAAAAUGCUAUUUUUUGGUACUUAGUUUAUGACUGUUUACAAGACUGGGAUAUUUCAACUCGCAUUAUUGGAAAAGGAUCAAUCCAACAUAUUCCUGGUACAGAAUGCGACAAUUCUCCAGCAUUAACUGAAAAUUACCAGAAAAAUAGCUAUGCAGAAACUAGCAAUCCAACCACCAGCCCGGAUAUAGAAACAAGUAGUGUUCCCUCCCCUACUAUUUAUACAUAUGUUGCAACUCCUAUUACAAGAUUGCCGAAACAAACACCGCAAACAGGAUUCUCAACAACCACAAAUUAUGAGAAAAAGGUAACCACAGUUUACAAAGAUACUAUUUCCCCAACACCGCAUGAAACUCCAUUUUCUACUGCUUCUGAAACACCAUUUUCUACUAUUUUUACGACUGCUGCUGAAACUCCUUUUUCAACUGCUUUUGAAACUCCUUAUUCUACUGCUUCUACAACUGCUGCUGAAACACCAUUUUCAACAGCUUCUAAAACUCCAUUCCUAACAGAAUUCAAAACAGCAUUUGACACUCUAUUCAAAACAGCUUUUGAAACACCGGUUGACACUCCUUCUUCAACAGCUAUUGAGACUCCAUUCAUAACAGCUUAUGAAACUCCAUUCCUAACAGCUUAUGAAACGGCUUUUGAUACUCCAUUCCUAACAGCCAUUGAAACUCCAUUCUUAACAGCUUUUGAAACUCCAUUUGUUACAGUAUUCGAAACACCAUUUAGUACGGCUCAUAUGACGCCUGGGAUAACUCCAUUUGAUACAGUAUUUUCCACAGCUCAUUCUACUCCAUUUAAUACAGCAUUUUCAACACCUCAUUUUACUCUUUUUCCAUCAACUCCACCUCCAACACUUAAGUCAAAUGAAACAAUGUCAACAACAACAACAUUGACAACAGUUUUGACAAGCACGUUAACAAUGAGUUCAUCAUCCACCCUCAUUGAAACGAACAUCACAGAGUACACUCUUACCAAUACGACAUCAUCAACAGUUGAAGAAGAUACAUCAUCAUACUUCGAAACACUGAUUAAUUCAUCAUACGUACGAACAACAUUUGUUUCUCAAGUCACUUUUUAUGUUGUUCCAACAUCAAUUUAUAUCAUAACAAAUGUUACAUACAUCACCGUCAUAUAUGUUGAAGAUAAUACACACGCAAACUCCAUGAAAUCAUCAACUGUAAUUCUUAUAUCAGCCAUUGUUAUUGCAUCCAUUUUCUGUUUAGCUUUGAUUGGCAUUACAUUAUAUAGAAAAUCUCAUGAUGAAACAUCAACAAGCUCUACUUUUGAAGAGACAGUCAGCUUCGAUUCGGAUCCUGGACAUACAAUGACUGAAAUGCACAUAGUUGAUGAUACAGAUGAUAUAGUUAACAUUGAACAAGAGUUAGAAAUGGAUAAUGAGGAUGGAACGUUCGAACCAAUGGAUCAAAUGAACUAUGAUGAAGAUGAAAGAUUCCUCAAUGGUGACUUCUAA